UGUCAACUGUCACAGAACAGCUGUUAUGGGGUCCGACUUCAACUUAUCUAUAAUUUUGUGAUUGUGAUAGAGCGCCUUUCGAAAUCAAGGUCCACUAGUUUUACUCGCGGCAUGGAGAAAUGUUAUAAUCAAAUAAUAUCGUACAUUCAUCCUUGUUUCAAAACGCUAGUGACUUUUGAACAUUGAUUUUUGAUACAGUAGAUAAGUUAUCAGUGAAUUAGUUGACGAAUAUCUUGUUUUUUUUUUUUUUAAUAAAAAUGUCUUCUGUUGUCGAAGAUAUUUGCGAACUUUUAGACAGUUACAAUGGAAGAGACAAGGUGGUUCGUUUAACUUGCUAUGCAUUCAAACUAUAUGGCUGCAUCAAAGGAGAGAAGCCAUGGGAGGCUGCGGGCUCCCGGCUCUCAAAUGCCAGGAUGUUGUUGCGGCUCUUCGAUGAUAUACCUAUGAUACGACAUACAUAUAACUAUGGCUUGGGGAAACAUGAGUCAUCAAAAAUGGCGGCAUUCCUAGGUGUGCUAGCUAAUAUGGUGGAUCAGGCAUUCCUUCCUGUGGAGAAGGCGUGUUGGUUGCAUGAAGUGGGCAUCCUUAAACUGUCCACGCUAACCGCUGACAGGCUAGAGGUGGUCAGCACAGCUCUGUGGGCGGCCAGUUUAUACAUAUCAUUGUUACAGACAUUACGCUCUCUACGUCAUCUCUGGUGGAGUAGAGAUUGUCUACAAACAUGUUCGGAGAACGGUGGUGUUGAUGCACGUAAGAACUUGGAUGUCAGGCUGACGCUGGGAGCGGUGACCGCGGGGAAACUUUGCUUAGACAUAGCUCACGCCGUCAGCUGCCUCCCCCCCGGCUGGCUGUGGGGGGAGAGGAUAGGGGCUACGAAAGUCGCCGCCAUUGCAACCACCUCCUCUGUUAUAGGCAUCGCGUUGUACUUCGCUAGGAAACGAUUGAUUAAAUAGUUUUCUUAGUACAAAAGAUUCUUGUUAUAAAAUACUGCGUUCGCAUUGUCGCAAAGUUGCGAAAGAAUGCAUGUAAUGUCAGUUGUUUGUACAGUCAUUACAAUUCGCGGUUAUCAACUUACAGAAAAACCUUGUUCCUGACAACGAUACAACUCCGCCUCUAAUUAUAAAUAAUGAAUUAGUUGUGCAAACGACGGGUAAACAAUAAAAAUAAAAAACAAUUAGCCGUGUAACAAUGACCGAAUUUUUUUGCACAGAUAUUUAAAAGCUACGUUCUAUUGUUUUAGAUCGUAUGUUCGAUUCCCGCCAUUCGACUAUAGAGAACCAACCAAAAACCUAAAACUUUAGACUGCUACAGGAAAUACUAGUAAUUUAUAAAAAAGUUUCCAUGUAAAUGUAUCGACAGUGCGAACGCACGGUAAUGUUCUUGGUAACAUUCUUUACAGGUUUAAAGGGGUUGUGUAAAUAAAUGAAUUUGUUACUUUCUAAUACCUCGAGAUAAUGUAUGCAAGUAGGCAAUAACUCGUUAUGGCUUUAAGUGUACUUACCCAAUGAAUACAAGUAAUUUUCUUUUUUAAAUGUAUGUCACCAAUCGAUUAUGAAUAUAGUCUGUCUGAAAUUUGUCUCGGAAAAUUGUAGAGAUUGUAAAUAUAAAUAUAAUAAAAAUAAAUAAAAAAUAAUAAAAAUAUGUGUUUUUCGAAUUCAUUGAUAAUUGUAGAUAGCUGGAAUCUUUAAUUGCCAAAAAACAAUAUUACGUACAAAUCAAAGUUCAAAGUACGACUAUAUAAACUAUUUUGGUUUAAUGAAAUUAUAAAGGUAACUUUUUAACUACGUGAUUCGGUUACAUAAAAAUUUCACUUUGACGUUCAGCAUUCCAAAAUAUAAUCGUGAGUUUUCACUGAAAAUUCAUCUAAAACAAAAAGUUGUCUUUCUAGUUCUUUAGUGAACAAGUGCCAAUAACCUAAUGGUUUAGGGUACGGACUACCGAUCUUGCGGUCGAGGGUUCGAAUCCCGUCAUUCGACUAUUGUGAACAAUAUCCUAGCACAAG